CGGCGAAAUGGUUUCGGAAAAAAUAAUACCCUAAUUUUCUCUACAAAAGUAUAAAUAGCUACUAAAAUCAGUAGUCAUCAACGUUAUCUUUGUCACCCUGCAUCACUCUCGAAAACGAAGCUCUUCCAAAUGCAUCCAAGAAUACUGCACCGUAACAUCACUGCCAUAAUUUCAAGCAUUCGUUCGUAUCACUCUACGGUUCAUUGUCGAUUAACAGCUUUUCCUCGUACCUAUCUGCCGUGUUCCUCGAAGCCCAUCUCAAUUACUUCACUCCACAAUCGUGGGCUCGCCUCCAUUCCCAUCUCAAUUACUUCACUCCUCAAUCGUGGGCUGGCCUCCAUUCCUCAUGCUUUGAAACCGACAGAGGAAGAUAAUGUCCGGAAUCAUGAAGAAGAAGAGGAUAGCAGUGAUUGUUCUUAUGAAUUAAAGCGGAGAAUUGAAGAACAGGGUAUCGAUUUCAGUUCUUGCAAACCUGGGCAGUUCCAUCUUUUAAUAUGUCCUAAGUGCAAAUGCGGACAAUCAACAAAGAGGACCCUGUCCUUCUAUGUCGACUAUAACAAAAAUUUAUCUCUUUGGAGGUGUUUUGCGGAUGAAUGUGGGUGGUCAGGCCAGGUCCUUUUAGAUUCUCAGGACAUCAGAAGUGGUGGUCUUCGGAAAAAGCUCUCCUUUCGGCCAAUUACAGUACAAUCCCUAAAUUUGAAACCAUUAGAUGAUAAGCUGAUUAGAUACUUUUCUGAGAGAAGGAUAUCAAGAGAAAUUUUGGAGAAAAAUCAUGUUAUGCAAAUCGCUGGUGAAAAGGUUAUUGCUUUUACCUAUUGGAGAAAUAAGAUCCUUGUAGGUUGCAAGUACCGAAAUCUUAAGAAAAGAUUUUGGCAGGAGAAGGGAACAGAGCAGGUAUUCUAUGGACUUGAUGAUAUAAGAGAAGCAUAUGAUAUAAUCAUCGUUGAAGGUGAAGUGGACAAGCUAUCUAUGGAAGAGGCUGGCAUUUCUAAUUGCGUGGCUGUUCCAGGAGGUGCGCCUGAGAAAGUUUCCGAGGAACUACCAGCUGUGGAAAAGGACAAAGGUUUUCAGUAUGUUUGGAAUUGCAAAGAGUACUUUGACAAGGCUUCCCGCAUAAUACUUGCCACUGAUGCUGAUGCACCUGGUCAAUCAUUGGCUGAAGAACUAGCACGCCGAAUGGGAAGGGAAAGAUGCUGGAAGGUAAUAUGGCCAAAGAGAGAUGAACUCAGCAGCUUCAAAGAUGCGAAUGAGGUUUUGAUGGAACUAGGACCCGAUUAUUUGAGAGAUUUAAUCUAUAAGUCUGAGUUACAUCCCAUGUAAAACUACAAUGAACAUAAUCAAGGUGUACAUAUUCGUUUAGUUUGCAGCAAUUGAUGACGUGAAAUUUCAAUGGUUACGGAUAAAAUUUUAUAACCCUGUAACGAUGCAUCAUAUAUAAGUGAAGCAGUCCAUUUUCCUUGCACGUAGGUUACGCUUUCUCGAAAUCAAGAACCUCAUUAUAGGGUAAGGCCAGGCUAGGCUCCAGUUUGUAAAGCUAAUUCUAGGUAUGCUUUUCAGCUUUGAAUUGGAGAUAACUAACCCAUGCCUACUUAUCCAAAUGUGGAAGGUUUUGGAAAAUGCCAAAAGGUGGCUUUCACUCUUUGUCAGCACUCAGCAACAUACAGUUUCUCUUGCUGCAUCUGCUAAAUCAUUUUGUUGAUUGGUAUAUCUGCUGAAGGAAAGUAAAGAGUUAGCAAACCUAAACAUGAUGAUUACCUCUUUCCAACGUCUUCCCUCG